CCUUUUACAAAUUCGUACGGUAAGUGCUUCCAAGUUAGUGGGUGUUAAAAUACCAGAAAUAGUAUAAGUAGAUCGCAUAGCGCCUUCGCGGCACGCCCCGCAUCCAACGUCAUAAGUCAGAGCUAAACUUUAUAGCGCUUAAGUUCCAGGUCAUUGGGUUCGGUACCUGGAAGCUGGAAGGGACUUACAAAGUACAAAGUUGAUUUGUGUCGUUCAAGACGACUAAGCCUAGGAGAGACCUUGAACUAUAAAGAAUAAAGAUACCAGCUGUCUUUAAAAUCAACCAGCUAGAAUAAGCAAAGGAGGCAGGUACAUCUAGAUCCGACGAGACGAAACUCGACGAAAAUAGGAGAUAUAUUAAGUACCUAGGUAGGUAUACAAAAAUGGCUACCUUCGACGUCGAAGCCGAUAGAGCCAAGUUCCCUGCCCUAAAAGAAGACCAGGUCUUCCUAGAUAAUGCCGGUGGAAGCCAAACGCUAGGCACCGUCGUCGAAGCUAUAAGUGACUACCUCAUCAAGAGCAAUGUCCAGUUUGGAGGCGGCUAUAAGGCCAGCAAGGCCUCGAGCUCUCGAUACGAUAGCGGCAUGAGCGCUGGGGCCAAGUUCCUAAAUGCUGAGAAGGACGAGAUUGCAUUUGGCCCCUCAGCCACCCAGCUUUUGCGGAACUUAUCUCUCACAUUCGAAUUCGACGAGGGCGACGAGAUCAUCGUCUCGUCCAUCGACCACGAAGCGAACAUCUCGCCGUGGAAAGAACUCGCCGCCCGGCGGAACCUCGUGCUCAAGUGGUGGACCCCCACGACCCGCUCCGCGAACCCGGUACUGUUCGCCUCCGAACUGAAGGGCCUGCUCUCGCCCAAGACGCGGCUGGUGACGUGCACGCACGCGAGCAACGUGUUGGGCACGAUCCACGAUGUCAAAGCCAUCGCGGACGUCGUGCAUACCGCCGUCCCCGACGCGCUCCUGUGCGUCGACGGCGUCGCGUACGCCCCGCAUAGGCCGGUCGACGUGAAGGAUCUGGGUGUGGAUUUUUAUGUUCUCUCGUGGUAUAAGGUGUACGGCCCGCAUAUCGCGAUGCUGUACGGCAGUCGAAGGGCGCAAAAGCAGAUGCGUACCCUAGGUCACUUUUUUAAUCCAGAUGUUACGCUUGAGAAUAAGAUUAGUCUCGGAAGCGGGUGCUACGAACUCGUCCAAUCCAUCUCCGCCGUCGUCGAGUACAUCGGCACUCCCUCCUCCUCCUCCGACGAUAAAACCAAUCUCUGGCCCAGCAUCCGCGACCACGAAUCGCAACUCCAGACGCACCUUCUCACGUAUUUAACCUCCCGCCCCUCCCUCUUCACCAUCUUCGGCUCCCCCUCCGCAGAUAGUCAAAUGCGCCUCCCGACCGUGAGUUUCGUCGUCUCGGGCCACGACUCCCGCGAGCUGGUCGAGACCCUCGAGCGCACGACUAACUACGGCCUGCGCUGGGGCGCUUUUUAUUCCAACGGCUUGGUGCAUGAUUUCCUGGGCUUGGGCCCGAGUGGGGUUGUUAGGGUUAGCAUGGCGCAUUAUAACACCCUGGACGAGAUAAAGGGGUUCGUGGAGGCGCUGGACCGGGUGGUAUCGAAAACGUCUUAACUAGCGGGUUUUGCGCGAGAUAAGUUAUCUCGGUCGUCUUUGUGCAGUGAUAGCUACCUCCUAGGUGUGGUUAGGUACUUGCUUUAUCGGCCAUGGCGUGUUUGGAAUGUAGACCGUUAUGCAGGUAGCCAUACUCGAGCCCCUUGUCGGGUAGAUCAAAGGUAUCUCUACGAACAAUAAAGAACGCAACUACCCCAAGUUCCAACAAAUCGAGGUGUAAUACUG